CUGUAGAACCCUUACUCUGUAAGUUUGCAGAUGGAGGACAGAAGAAGAGGCUGAACCAGAACAAGUACCCCCAGAACGGACGACCAUGGACUAGAGAUGGAGAGAGUGGCAUGACAUUGACAUAUGGUCCCACUGCAAUGCAGAAUGGGUUCUACUCCUCUCCCUACAUCUCCACCAAUAGGAUGAUAGCACAGACAUCCAUCACUCCCUUCAUUGCUGCCUCACCCGUCUCCACGUACCAGGUCCAAAGUACAUCCUGGAUGCCUCAUCAACAGUAUGUUAUGCAACCUACCGGUGCUGUGAUAACCUCAGCUAUGGACCACUGCAUGUCCAUGCAGCCCUCCAGUAUGAUGGCUCCUCUAACACAGCAGAUGAACCACAUGUCCCUGGGCAACACAGGAACCCAGUACAUGUCUGCUGCAGCAACUGCUCCUAUGCAAGGAACCUACAUUCCUCAGUACACUGCAGUGCCUGCCCCCACCCUCUCAGUGGACGCAGUGGUAACAGAGGGCUCGCCCCAGACUGUACCCCCCUCCUCACAGGACCCUAACGGACAGCCACCCUUGGACAACGACUCACCUGCCUACUCCUACCAACAGACUAAAUAACAGGAGGAUUAGGAGGGAUUGUUCCAGUAACCGCCUUGAGACAGGGGCUGCACUGAAGCACUGGAGGGAUGGAGGAAUGGAAAAAUAAUGGAUGAACAAAGGAGGACAAAGAGAGGUGAUCACUUUAACUUUGCACAGGCACCAAAAAAAGACUUUAUUUUGUAUCUGUCCUGAGAGAGAGAGAAGGAGACAGAGAGAGAGAGGUUGAGAUUGUGAUUGAGAUCGAGAUCGAGAUCGAGAUAAGUCUCUGAAGAUGGAGAGGUGCCGUAUGGGACAUUGAGUUUAUUGAGCGGCCAGCAUGAAACUGGAGUCGUUCUUCGAAAAGAAAAGAACAAACUGAAAAAUGAACUUAAAAAGGAACAAACUGACAAAAAUACAUUUGAAUGCGCAGGUAGGUUUUGAGAUCAUGAUAGUUUUUUAUUAGAAGAGGAGGCAAAGUUCUAGAGAAAAAAACUUAAAAAUUAAAAGGGUUGUCUUCCUUUCAUAUUAAGCUACUUUAUUUUUUAUUAUUUUCAUGAUUUAAAAUGUAGUUUUAUAGAGAACUAAAAAAUAAGUAAAAUCUUUGUUGCCUGAAUUUCUCAAACAUUGGAAACUCAUCGGUCAUUUUGUCUAAAAUUGUUUAAAACAUUUGUAAAAAAUGACUAAGUGCAUAUAAAGAGGCUCUUCAAUGCUUCAGGUGGUUGAAGAUACACAGAUUAAAUCUAUGGAUAUCAAUGUACAGGUUAUAAAGAGAACUGUCUUUGUAUGAAGAAGAUUUAGAAUUAUGUGGUCUGUGGUAAUUUGUGUUUGGGGAGAAGAGAAUCUCCAUGGUGAUGGUAUGUGGGAAGGGCAAGAAAAAUAUGUAACUGCUUUAUUGUGGGAAAUGCAGUUUAUCGAUGAAAAAUGAAAAAAACAAAUUUGUUUACUUAACAUGGCAUUAGUGUGUUUUUACUUGCAAUCUUUUUUACGAAGUUCUACAGUUUUUUUUGCCUGCUUUGCUUGACUCGUCGCAAAACAAGAAACUAAACAAAAACAAACAAAAAGUCAACUUUCAGUGAAAAAGUAUAUAGAUAAGGGUAUCUGUGUAAAAAGGUAAAAGUGUUCAAAAUGAAGCAAUAGUUUUAGAGAAAUUGGUGACAAUUUCUUUAGUCUUUUUAUAGCUGUGGAUCAAGUGCAGCCAACAGACAACAUAUUUUAUACCAAAGAGGAACAAAGAAUUAGAGACUGUGGAGUACGUAGAUAGAAAUGUUUUAUUCAAAUUGUAACUGUCCAUUUGGCUUUCUUGCUUUGUUGUAUGAUGUACUGUACCUUAGAUGGUUUGAUGGUUGGACCGGUGGGCCUAGGACUCUUCCCAUUGGCUCUGCUGGGGUUGAGUUGUUCAUAGGGUCCUACCAUUGGUGCAGUCAUGUGUCACUCAGACCUUCACAACAAGGUGUGUAACAGGUCAGAGCACUGUGCCACACACGAUGCUCCUGAACGAGCCACAGAUAAAGCUCAGUCAUGUUUCAUCAUAACCCUUCUACAAGGGGAGCGCCAAUAUAAUCGGAGAGAAUUCUGAUAGAGAAACAGAGAGAAAACCCUUCAGCUUCAGUCCCUGAUAUAGUCAUGGUGGUUUAUCCAAUGUAAAACCACACAACCUCUCUUAAUUCAUCACUGCAAGGACAGCCACUGUUACAACAAACACAAACCCUGUUACAGGACGUAAAGCUCAUCCACUGAGCCCGUUACUGAAGGGAUAGGAAACUACUGUCUGCAAAGACACCAUGCUAGUUUCUGGUAGCUUAUCUGGUCAUCUUUAGCUAUCUUGUCUGAGACAAAGACAUCAUGCUAGUUUCUGGUAGCUUAUCUGGUCAUCUUUAGCUAUCUUGUCUGAGACAAAGACACCAUGCUAGUUUCUGGUAGCUUAUCUGGUCAUCUUUAGCUAUCUUGUCUGAGACAAAGACACCAUGCUAGUUUCUGGUAGCUUAUCUGGUCAUCUUUAGCUAUCUUGUCUGAGACAAAGACACCAUACUAGUUUCUGGUAAGUUAUCUGGUCAUCUUUAGCUAUCUUGUCUGAGACAAAGACACCAUGCUAGUUUCUGGUAUGUUAUCUGGUCAUCUUUAGCUAUCUUGUCUGAGACAAAGACACCAUGCUAGUUUCUGGUAGCUUAUCUGGUCAUCUUUAGCUAUCUUGUCUAAGACAAAGACACCAUGCUAGUUUCUGGUAGCUUAUCUGGUCAUCUUUAGUUAUCUUGUCUGAGAGAGAAAAAAUAAAAAUAAAGAAAAACAUGCAUUUAAA